AUGUCUUGCGACACAGUUGAGAUUCCAGCCCAUAUUGGGUCAGUUGACGUCAAUACAACAGUGAAAGAAAAUAAUUUGGAAUUCGAAUUAUCUAGUGAUUCCGGUCUUGUCGUUUCGGAGUCGUCUACAUCGUAUCCGUUAUCUUUCGACACUGAUUUAUCACAUAUAAAAACAUCUGAUGCUCUACAGGAUGCUGAAUAUAGCACCGAUAAUUCUUCGUUGGAGAAUGAAAGUUCCCCUUCUGCCUCGUUAAGCCCAGAUAAUAUAGAAAAAGAUUAUUCUAAUCAAAACUCUCCUAUUGACAAACCCAAUGUUACUCCAAUCAACAAUAUACAUAACAUAAAUUCAUUAUCAAGCAAGUCCUUGUCUGUAUCAGAAAAUGAUUUAUCAAACAUGCGUGAGACUUUCACAGAACUUAGAAAGUCAACUAUAAGUCUUAAUGAACCUAUUGAGACGGUGUGUAGAGGUGAAGCUUCGAACAACUUAGAGGAGGCAUCCACAAACGCAUCCAGUGUGACUGAUUUAAACACAGAAGAAAUUCUCACACAAUUCCAAAAUCACAAACAGAAGGUUUCCGCCACCCAAAUAUUACCCGAAACAAUACCACAAACUGUAGAUUUAAAGAGUCGCAUUCCUAAGGAAAUCCUGUCUCAAGACAUUGGCAAUAUUGUAAGGAAUGUUCAUGGUAUAUUUUCUUCUGUAUCUGGUAGUUUAAAGAAUGCCUAUAACAGCCAACGUGUUACCCCGAAGCCUAUGAAAAGUAUUAAACCACCAAAUAGUAAAGUCUUGAAUGACAUAUUUGAAGACAGCGAGGUGAAAAUACCAAAAAUAGAGAUAGAAGUACAGCAGACUCCUGAAAGUCCCGUACCCGAGACGAAUGACCAUGAAAUUAAUAAGGAAUUCUCGAAACUGCAGAUUGAGUCUCUAGAACGAGUACUGGCUGAGCAAAGAAAGGACAAUGGUUCUCUAAGGGAGAAAGUUAAACAACAUAUAGAUGAAUUACAAGCAAAAGAUCAGGCUUUCAAGGAAUUGGAAGUGAAAGUGGACUUGAUGUCCAAACAUACUGAACAAGCACAAAGGGAGAAAGAUGCAGCAGUAAUGCGUUAUGCCAGCUUGGAAUGCACAGUGAUAGAAGCCAGGAAAGCAGCUGAAAAUGCUUCUAAGGCUGAGAAGGCAGCGAUUGCUGAAAAAGAAUUGCUGCUGAAUAAGUUGAAAACAGCAAGGGAGGAAAAACAGAGGAUCUGUCAGUUAUAUGACGAUAAGUGUCACGAGCUGUCUAACUCGGAGCGAGAAGUUACUAAAGUACGUGAAGAGCUGAAGGAAUUGGAGGGUAGAUUAAAAUGGACGCAGAGUAAGCUACGGGUCGAAAUGGAUGCCUACAAGGAAAGUGCAGAUAGAGCGGAAAAGCUGGCUGCACAAGUGACGGAGCUGGAAGCGGCAAAAGAAGCAGCUGCCAUCAAUGCUACAGACUCUGUUCGCGCCCGACAGUUGGAUGUCGAAUUAAAAGAGACGCAAGCUGCGUUGAUCCUCUGUAAACACGAGAAGGAAGACCUGGAUAAGAGAUUAAACGCAGCACUACAGCAGUUGGACACCUGCAAAAGGGAAAGAGAAGAAGCUAGUAGCGCGCUCUCCGUCGCACAGAGUGAGUUAGAGAAAGUGAGACAGCACGCGUCCAGCUUAGAAGAGGAAGCAGCGGAGUUGGCAGCCUUGAGAGCUCAAGCUGCACUCGCCGAUACCCUCAGUUCUCAGCUGCAAAGGGAAACGGACCUUCGGAGUCAAGCUGAGGCCGCCUUGAACUCUGAGCGAGCCCGCGCGGAGACGUGCGCGCGGCGAGAAGCAGCAGCGUUGCAACACGCUGCGCGGCUAACGGCGACGCACGUGGCCGAACGCGCCCGCGCAUCCGAACACGAGGCUAAGGCGCAAGCGCUAACAGCUGACAACGCUUCGUUACGAGAGAGAAUAACGAGUCUUGAAGCGGAGAUAAACACGCUUCAGAGUUCCCUUCAAGAGGAGAUGGAAAGGAGAAACAAGGAGACACGGGUUCUGGCUAGAAAGGUUGCGGAAUUGACAGAGGAGCUGGCAGAGGCGAACAAGAAAUUGGAGUGGGAGAAGGGAGAAGUUGGUGUCUUGAAGAAGAAGCACGCUAGUGCCAUCAAAGAGUUAAAUCGGGAAUUGCAACGGGCGUUGAAACGGGUGGAACAGCUUGAGGCUAAGUUACCACAGAAUGGUGACGCCACAUCGACCAGGACUGGAUCUGUGACGUCAUUGAGUAGCGGCGAGAGCGCAUCGCACGAGGAGCGUUUACACAAUGGGCAUGCGCAGAACGACGUCUUACCGGAGAUACAGACGCGUGAGCCAGACAAGCAAGCUCUGAUCGAGAGGAUCGUGCAGCUGCAGCGCGCAGCAGCCAGGCGGGCGGAGCGCUGCGAGUUCCUCGAGGAGCACUCGAAACAGUUGACGAACGAAUUGCGCGGGAAGUCGCGACUGCUGCGCCAUCUGUUGGCGUCAAUGCCGGCUGGUGCUGUUACUUCGCAGAACAGUGAUAAGAAUAAGAAAGAGAUAGCGCGCCUGGGGGGCGGAGCCAUGGCCGCCGUCUGGGGUGGGGAUCCGAACGGAAUAACUCUAGAAUUGUCUCUCGAGAUCAAUAAGAAGCUGCAAGCGGUUCUCGAAGACACGAUCCUUAAGAACAUCACUCUAAAGGAAAACAUCGACACCCUCGGAGAAGAGAUAUCGAGGUUAAAACAGAGAGACACAAAGUAG